UGCAAGCCAAAGAGGUCAACUUGAAUGCAGGAAACCCUGUCAGCGGGGUCAGCUGCACACACCAACCCCGAACACGGUUCUCCUGCAGACGUGCCAGGACGGCGAGGGCCGCAGCGGGAAAGAAGCCUCACAAGGCUCACAGCGCCGUCCUCCCUCCCCGACGUCCGCCAGCAACCCGGCCUAGCGAAGAAGCCGCGCCGGGCCCGCGCUCCUCAUCUGGAAUGCGCCCUCCCGCCAGGCAGACCAAGACGGGGACGAACACGCAAGCCGGGCGCUUCUGGCUACUCGCGUCUCGUAACUUGCUUUCUUUUCAGGGAAAUCGGGACACUCCCCCCGCCCGCUACCCCGCACGGCCCUCUCCCCACUUCAGGGUCCCCCACGCCCUGUGACCACACAGAGAUAGAAACAAGAGGAAGCGGCUCCCAGAGCCACCCAGGCUCCACGCGCAGAGGCCGCCGGGAGCCCGCGGAGCCACGCCUCCUCGGGGAAGGGCGAGAAAUGCAGAUUAGCAAUGGCGUCCAACGCGGGGGACGCCGGGACCAACAAACGCGGGCGAAGAGUUGGUCCCGAAAACUGCGAGGAAGACGAAAUAGGCGUGGAAAGCUGGUGGAGUCCUCCUGCGAGUGAAGGAGGAAAGGAAGUGAGCAGAAGGACUAAAGGGACUCAGUAUCACCACUACCUGCCUCAUCCAUGGGCAUGGCAUCCCAACUACGAUAGCAUCUCACCAGGUGACCGACAUCCCAGAGGAGGAGAUGCCAGAGGAGGUGCCCAAUCAUGGAGCCACUAACUGUAUCAUGCGUUUAAGGUUUAAGCAAAUUUGACUUAUGAGUAAAAUAAGUUACACACUGAUAAUUACCAUAAGAUUUUAUUGAUCCAAAAGUAUUUCUUCAUCAAAAAUAAGAUGUUGGGAUGGGGAUUUAGCUCAGUAGUACCACCACCUG